AUGGAGGCAAUCACCCAACAACUUUUUAAGUUGAAGACUUCCACAAUCUCACCACCCGUAGCUUAUAUCUUUGAGUGUGAUUUGUGUGAUGGAAAAGACCACAACAGUAUAGAUUGCCUCAACUUUGGCCGUUCUCGCAAAGAAAAGGUUGACUAUGUGGGACAGGGUUACCCACAAAAUCGUCAAGGAGGAUUCUUCAACAACAACAAUCGCCUCAACAACAACAACUAUCAGCCCCCAGGCAGUGCACCUGCUGCAGUUAUUCGUCCAAACUUUGGGCUAAAUCCUCCACAACAACCAUAUCCGAAUCAGCGGCCCCAGCCCACUUACUAUAAUCCCAACAAGGAUUUUGAUAGAAGGCCACAAAAUCAAGGCCCACCAGGCUAUCAAACACAACCUCAAUAUAAGGGCCAAACUAGUGGAGCCUCUAACAACCAAACUGAAGAUAUGAGAAGAGUUGAUAUGCUCGAGAAGCUCAUGUUGGGACAACAAGCAUCCAUCUCCAACAUUGAAUUACAAAUGAGCAAUCUGGCCAAGAUAUUGAGUGAAAGACCCCCUGGAACUCUUCCCAGCCACACGGAGAAUAAUCCCAAGGAGCAACUGAAGGUCAUAACCCUUCGAAGUGGGAAGGGAACCGAGCCCCUACCCAUGAAGAUCACCAAACCAAGUACUCCUUCUCCAAUGAAGUCGCCCAAAAAUGUCAUAAUGGAAGCCGACCUGCAUAACGAGAAGACCGAGCUAAAUCUCUCAUCUGAGCCCACUCUGCCACCAUACCAACCAAAAGCUCCUUAUCCUGCCAGAUUGAACACGGAGCUUAGAGAUGCAGCUUACCAAAAUUUUCUGGAUCUUUUAGGUAAGGUGCAUGUCAACAUCCCCUUCAUUGCAGUCAUCUCCAAAAUGCCUCAUUUAUGA